UAUGGUUAAUGUUAAGCAUGCACACAUGUGUGCAUUAAAUACAUAUACAUACACUGUUAAGUUUUGUAUCAGGGCGUCAAACAAUUUUACUGUAAAUAAAACUUUCAAUCUUUAUGGUAUAUCAUUAUAAAAAAUAAUUAUCUUGAAACAAUGAUAUAAUUAUUUAUGAUCAUAUAUACAUUAUAUUCUGGUAAUUUCUAAAAGAAUUAUGAGCAUAAUUCAUUGACAUUAUUGCUCGCUCAUGCCGAUUUAUUGGUGUUAUCUUAUAUGUUGUUGAGUGAGUGAAAGACACACAGUUUUUAUACUAUUUAACAUGUUUUUUACCAUAUACUAUGGCAAAACGAUCCCGUGAAUAAUGUCAACUGGUUUGUAGAUUAGAAUUACAUUUGCGCGUUAAUAUGUCGCUAUAAAAAAUAAUGAAAAGAGUUGCAAGAAAGAAAAAGUUUUUUAAAAAAUUUCGUCUCGACUGGGGCGAAUUAUAUUUUUCUUAAUGGUUCGUCGAAUCUAAUCUGCAAAAAUAUUAACGAUCGUGGACCAUUUUCCGUUUUGUUAAAAAAAAACACCUGUGAAAGCCUUAUCAAAGGUAGUGCAACGGAUCAUGAAUGUGGUCAGCAUAGCAGAGAGGUGGUGUCGGGAAGGUGGUUGACACGCCUUCGUAUCUUUGAAAUGAUUGAAAGUGUAUCACGUAGAGCGUUGAGUGGCUCCAGUGGGAGCUACCACGUUCGUGGUGCUGAAUUAGCAAGAAAUCGUAGAUUGAAAUCUCUUUCUGCUGCUGUUGUCUUCCUUGAUGACACGCAACACACAUUUCAACUAGAUAAAAGAGCAAAAGGUCAAACAUUAUUAGAUUUAGUAUUCCAACAUUUAGAACUUGUUGAAAAAGAUUAUUUUGGUUUGCAAUAUGCUGAAAAUGGAGCCACAACGUGUACAUAUUCACCAGAUGAAAUGAGAUGGUUAGAUCCUAGUAAACCAGUGAAGAAGCAGAUAAGAAGUAAGGGUGGACAAUUCUAUUUCAAAGUGAAAUUUUAUGUAUCUGAUCCUAGUAAACUACAAGAAGAAUAUACUAGAUAUCAGUUUUAUUUACAAGUUAGGAGAGAUAUUCUUCAUGGAAAACUUCAAUUAUCGCCAAGUACAGCAUGCCUUAUUGCUAGUUAUACUGUUCAAUCUGAGUUGGGUGACUAUCAUCCUGAAGAACAUGGACCAGGAUAUCUUUCUAGAUUGCAAUUAAUACCAGGUCAAACUGAAGAAAUGGAAAAGAAAAUAGCUGAGCUGCAUAAACUUCAUAAGGGUCAAUUACCAGCAGAUGCAGAAUUCAAUUUUCUAGACCAUGCAAAAAGGUUAGAUAUGUAUGGAGUAGAAUUACAUAAAGCUAGGGAUUCAACAAAUAAAGAAAUACAAUUAGGUGUAACAUCUAUAGGUUUAGUAGUGUUUCAAAAUGGAAUAAAAAUUAACGUGUUCUCAUGGUCAAAAAUAGUUAAAAUAUCAUUUAAGCGGAAACAAUUUUUCAUUCAACUGAGAAGGGAACAGUCAGAGAACUAUGAUACUCUCCUUGGCUUCAACAUGCAAACAUAUCGGAGUUCGAAAAAUUUAUGGAAAGCGUGUGUAGAGCACCAUACAUUUUUCCGACUUCACAGUCCUAAAACGAGGCCAAGGCGGUUUCCACUUACUUUAAGCAGUAGGUUUACAUAUUCAGGACGUACAGAAUUUCAAACAGUUGAGGAUGGGAAGCAUAGAGCAAGAGUAGAAAGAACGUUUAUACGAUCUCCAAGUAAAAGAUUAGUACAUGGAGUAACAUCAGCUCCAAUUAUCGAAGAGAAAGGAAAAUUAUCUAUGCCCCCUGGAAGACCGCCUAGACCAUAUGAUAAUAAAGUUCAGUCUCUUGGUGCUCGUGAACCUCGUCGAGCGUGGGGUGAAGGAAAUCCUAGCGAUGAUGAAGGUGGCUUUUUGUCCCUCCGUGAAGAAAUAACGAGCUCGCAUACACAAGGCAAUGCAUUUUCGCCUGUAUUAGGUUCUAGAGUUUUAAGUUAUGCUGAUGAUGAUACAACUGCUGAAAGGAACAUUUAUGAUCUUCCUGAUUAUAGUGAACCUACAAGUUCGCCUGCUCCUCAGAUAGUAGAAGAUGGAUUAGUUACAAUAUCUCUGACUCCAGAUGAACAAGGUCGGUUUGGAUUUAAUGUGAAAGGUGGUUUAGAUCUUGAUAUGCCUAUUUUAGUAUCAAGAGUAGCUCCAAAUACUCCUGCUGAUCGCUGUUAUCCGAAAUUAAACGAAGGGGAUCAGGUAGUGUAUAUAAAUGGAAUUGAUGUCAGUGGAUUGUUACAUGAACAUGUAGUAAAUCUAAUUCGUCAAUCUCGUGAUUCGGGCUCUGGUGAACUGACCUUAACUCUUCGACCGAAUGCUUUAUAUAAUGCACUAGCUGGUACUGAUGAAACAUCUGAAGAAGAACCUCCAUAUAGAUACGUUCCGGAUGCACCUCAUGCAGCUAUUGGAUCAGACGCAUUAGCACAGUCGAUGUUGCUUCUUGCUGAUGGUCUUGCGAGCGGUGCUUUAAUCGCGCAGUAUGAACAGCUAUAUAGAAAGAAUCCUGAACUUACAUCUCUUGAAUCAAAAAAACCUGAAAAUCAGAGUAAAAAUCGUUAUCGAGAUAUUUCACCUUAUGAUGUUACUCGAGUGAUACUUAUGGGCUCUGCAAGUGGAGAUUAUAUCAAUGCUAACUAUGUAAAUAUGGAAAUACCAGGAUCUGGCAUUAUCAACAGAUAUAUAGCUACUCAAGGACCUUUGUCUUCGACUGUCGCUGAUUUUUGGCAGAUGGUUCUCGAAGCGGGUAGUACCCUUGUUGUAAUGCUCACAACUUUGGUAGAACGUGGCCGAGCAAAAUGCCAUCAAUACUGGCCUGCGCUCAAUGAAACUCUAACGUUACGAAAUCUCACUCUCACGUCUACAGCUGAAAAUGUUGAAGAUACUUUUAUAUUUAGAGAAUUCAUACUCCGUGAUAUUAAUACUGGAGAAGAAAGAGAUAUAACACACAUGCAAUAUUGUAGUUGGCCAGAUCAUGGAGUUCCUAGCGAUUGGAGACAAUUCACAACGUUUACUGAAAGGGUACGGGCAGCUCGAACGGGAAUAGUGGAACCCGCAGUUGUUCAUUGUUCUGCAGGAAUUGGUAGAACAGGUGUCUUAGUCUUAAUGGAAACAGCACUGUGUCUUAUCGAAGCGAAUCAACCGGUGUAUCCAUUAGACAUCGUACGAUCUAUGAGAGAUCAAAGAGCAAUGAUGAUACAAAAUGCUAGUCAAUAUAGAUUCGUAUGUGAGGCAGUCCAUAAAGCUUACAGUGAAGGAAUAGCUAAGCCGCUUCCUGAAUUCAGUAGGUGAAAACAACACAAAUUUGAAAUGCAUUGUAAUUAUCAUUCUUCUUACAUUUUAUCGAAAUAUCACAUCACUAGAAGAUAAUUUUAUACUCUGACAAUAAUAUACACAUAUAUUAUUCAUUAAUAGGAGAGAUAUACACUGUUUCAAAUAAGUAUUUUCUAUCCGUUACGAAUAUAUUUUUAUCUAGAAAUUUAAUUACUCGAAAGAUAUAACUUUUCACGCCUUAGAGCUUACCCCCCCCCCUUUUUAAUUUAUGUACCAAUAUUUUGUAAAUAAUGAAAUUUCGAUAAAAUUAAGUUCACUAAAUUAUGUUUAAGCUAAAGUAUAAAUCUCGAAGCAUUAUUUGGAA